UGAAUGUCAGUGUCAAAUGUCAAAUGUCAAAAUAUCAGCAUGUAGUAUGGCUUCAAAGUGAUUUUCAGUGCUGUUGCCUGACAAUGAAUAAUCAUUUUUCCAUUUCUUAUUGAUUGUCCUAAUUGUACAUGUCGUGAGUUUGAAUUAAGGUCUCUUUAAGUUACAUUUUGAGGGCUUGUCGGCAGAAAAAUUGAAGAGGGAUAAGGCUAAAGAAUAUGGCGUAAAAAGUAUACGCGAUGGCGUUGACGGAGAGGCUGCGGAAGGAUGUCGAGGGGAAAAGGAUAUUUCCAGGGAUGCAGCUAAUUUCACCUUACUUAAAAUGAAAAGGGCGGGGGAGACAAGGUCUGGAUAUUGCUUGAGAGGGAGUAAUAGAAAAGGAGAUACAUCCCUAGUCCGUGCAGUGGAACAGGACGUUCACUCCCGUCAGCCGCUGUCUACCUGUGAAGUUCGGGAGCUAUAAGUCAAUCGUCCGAAAAUUGAUCUCUUUUGUUUGUAAAGCGGCUCAAGUGACGCGCAGUCUGAAGGCAUAAAAUUCCUUCGACAUGAAAAGGAAUGCUGUCUCUAUGGUGAAUAUUCUCCUUAAAAAAUGGAGAAUUGAAUAUGUAAAAUUGCAGAAAAGAUCAUUACGAAGUCUAGAAGAUUAGAAUGCUGGUCUUUGAAUAUUAAUGGUCAGGUAAAAAUGAGGGAAAAAAUCCGGGAAUUUUGAAGAUAAAGUUUUUCGACCACCCAUGUUAAUUAUAGAAAGCGUUUCAUGUACUUCAGGGUGAUCAUGCGACGAAUAUAUUUCGUUAUGAAGAUAAACAACAAUAUGGAGAAAAUGGAAGAGAGUCGAGAAAUUGAUAAUGGUAUUGGAUCUAUAAACACAUUAAACGAUGAUUGCCUUAGACUAGUUUUUCAAUACCUUCCCAUAGUUGAGAAGAUCAAGGUGGAAAGAGUAUGCAAACGUUGGCAAAAAUUAAGCAAGGAGUCGUGGUAUACAUUUAAGAGACUCGAUCUCUGUCCUUCCACGUGGGGCUGGCCUGAUGAUACUGAAAAAAAAUUCAUAGAUAACGACAUACUUCACGAAGUACUAAUUCGCUGCAGUCAAUACCUAAAUGAUGUGGACUUACGCAGGAAUCAGUCUAAGAUUCUUUUGUAUUAUGUCUCAAUAAAAGAUAUAUGUUUAAAAUGCCAAAGACUAAAGUCACUAAAUUUAUCAGACCUAUCCUCAAGUCGGCGAGGACACAAUUGUCCAUAUACGGAUUCAGAGGGACUGAUUGAUUCAUUGUUACUUACAUGUCAAAACCUGAUUAAAUUUGGUUUGGAACCUUGUUAUAGUGGAUAUCACGAAAAGGAUUUAGGAAGAUUGUUUGAUAACAUGAGAAAAAUUAAAUAUCUUCGACUUGGUUCAUACCAUAGGCCACUGUAUAUUGACGGAGAAUGUUUGCUACAUUUACCAAAUGACACAAUAGAAGAAAUAGUACUAGUAGGUUGCACAUUUCUUCAACCUAGUUUUUUUCGGAAAGCUUUCGACUCGUUUGAUAAUUUAGAAACACUUGUCCUGUGUAAUUGUCAAAGUGUCAACGACUAUGCUCUGCUGACGCUUGCUUUUCAUUUAAAAACUUUAAAAGCUUUGGGAAUAACAGGAUCAUGUUUGAUAACUGAGGAAGGAAUGAAGAAAACAAUUAGGCUGAAAAACCUUCAAAAGCUAAAUGUCAUGGGCAACCAAUCAUUUACUGAUGACGUACUCACUGGAAUAUCAGCCAAUUGUCAACAGCUUGCAUUUUUGGAUAUUUCAUUUUGUCAACGUAUUACCGACAAGGGAAUAUUAAGCACUGCUUUUUUAUCGAACCUGAAUCAUUUAAUAAUAUCUCAGACAAAAAAUAUAUCUGAUGAACACUUAGGAAGGUUACACAAUUUAAAAUAUUUGGAAGCUGGUGGCUGUACACGUUUAAAAGACGACGGUUUAUGUGAAUUACUUGAAACUAACCUCAGACUCGAAGUCCUCCACCUCGAAGGUAGUUUAUCGAUUACUGAUAAGCUGCUGACAGUGGCCACUAAUGCUACAAAAGAACGCCGAAGUGGUGCAGUUUUGAAAAUUAGCACCUCAAACACUGCAAUGAAAAGAAGAGAAUCAGUGUCACCUUUUUUGAGUAUAGUGAAGAGCAUCAGACGUGUUAGGGGUGGAAGGAGGGUGGGUUUCCAAGAUGUAUUUUUUUUGGAAGGGGAAGAUACUUAUCAAGUCCAUGAGUAUUAAAUGUUAAUUUUUUAUUUUCGAAUGCAUUUUUAGCUGUAAGUAAAUGUUGUAUUUGUUGGAUAAAAUUAUUAUUUUUCUAAA